AUGUCGACAAUAUCGACCCAGCUCCGGGACUUCAAGGACCCAACGAAGGAGCAGCUCACGCAUAUAUUCUUCUCUAUCCCUGAACCUACCUUGGGACCUGUAUCAGAGAAGUUGGACUUGGAGGAGCCCGAAAAGAUGGAGAUCAAUGCUGUUCUGAGUAUGGGUGUUCAAGGGGAGGAGGACUCAUAUGCAGGGAAACUGCAUUUGAUUCCACCAUAUCUCGCCUUUACGUCUUUAGAUCGAAAGUCGGUGCGGUUCACACUACCACUUUCGACCAUUCGACGAGUUGAACGGUUGAACGCACGUGCUGGGAUCUAUGCACUGAGUUUAUCCACCUGGCAUGGGAUGAAGAUUAUCGUCCAGUUGACUUCGCUGAGACCUACAGCCGAUGCGUUUUGCUCUCUCCUUCGCGAGGCGCUGAAAGUUGAGCUGCAGAAAGGGCAGAUGAAAGCUGUGAAAGGUUUUGUUAGGACGUGUUACUCGGAGGUGCUCGUGUCUACAUCCUCAACCGCACCGGAUAACGAAAGGGAAGACGGUAGCUUGAUCAAUGAUGCCAAGGAAGGUUCUCCUCCUGUCGAGAUGGAAUACCAUGGAGGGCUGGGACUUCGUUUCAAGUUUCCAGGAGAUGCAAAAAAACUUCGAGAAGCUUCGAAAGUCAAACUAUGGACGACCUAUCUACGCGCGCAUGGGCGCAAUCUCACACUACUAAGAUACCCGCAAUGCACUCGGUUGGUGCAAGUAGGUCUGCCAAAUCGACUAAGAGGAGAGAUGUGGGAGACACUUUCUGGCUCUUUGUACCUUCGUUUUGCCAACCCUGGCCUUUACGAGAGGCUAUUGGAAGAAAACAAAGGGAGAACUAGCACGAGUACCGAGGAUAUUGAGAAAGAUUUACAUCGUAGUCUGCCUGAAUAUGCUGGUUAUCAGAGUGAGGACGGUAUCAAUGCUCUUCGACGGGUACUUCAAGCCUAUUCCUUCAGAAACCCCGAGGUGGGGUAUUGUCAGGCCAUGAAUAUUCUUGCCGCCGCAAUUCUGAUAUACAUGUCAGAAGAACAAGCCUUUUGGUUACUUGAAGUCCUUUGCGAUAGGCUUCUUCCUGGCUACUACAGUCCUUCCAUGCAUGGAACUUUGCUUGAUCAGCGUGUAUUUGAAUCUCUUGUUCAUCGCUGCCUACCCAUUAUCCAUGAUCACUUCCAAGUAGUUGAUGUGCAACUAUCAGUGGCAUCUCUGCCAUGGUUCUUAAGUCUCUUCAUCAACAGCAUGCCCAUGGUCUUUGCUUUCCGCAUAGUCGACUGUUUCUUCUGUAUGGGCCCAAAAGUCUUGUUUCAGGUUGGGCUUGCCGUGCUCAAGAUAAACGGUGAGAAGCUGUUGCAGAUACAAGACGAUGGCGGUUUCCUGAACCUGAUGCGCGAGUACUUUGCUUCAUUGGGAGAGUCUGCACAUCCGAACUCGUCGGAUCCACGUGCACGCGCCAUCACACGGUUCCAAGAGCUUCUACUUGUAUCUUUCCGAGAAUUCGCUGUUAUCACGGAUGAUACUAUUCUUUCAGAGCGCCGAAAGUUCAGAAAUGAGAUCAUUCACAGCAUCGAAUCAUUCUCCAAACGCUCAGCUAUCCGAAACCUCAAGAGCCUUGGCAGGUUCACGAAGGAUCAGGCGGGCUUGAUUUAUGAUGCUCUGUACAAGGCUAUGUGUGUUGUUCCGCCUCCUCCUGCAGUUGCACCUCCUGCAUCUCUCUUCACGACAAAUGACGGAAACUAUGAUCGGCCAGAGACCAGAGUUGGUCUCCGCACCUUCCAUGUCUUCUUGAGCGAAAUUUUGACAUGGGCACGCGAUGACAAGGUUGUGAUUAAUGGAUUUCAGCAACGGGUUGAUCGUGAAAUUGCUGAGCACGAACUGAUCGAUCGCCUUUUCUAUUUCUGGGACACGUCUUGCAAUGGGGCUUUGUCGCUUCAGGACCUUGUUUCAGGUCUAGAGGGCGUCAUGUUCAAUGAUCUGAUGGAUAAUAUCGAAUGGUUUUUCAACCUCCACGACAAAAAUAAGGAUGGACAUCUUACAAAGGACGAAGUUCUUACAUUAUCUGAAUCUUUCUUGUUUAUCUUCCGAUAUGAAAUUGGAGACGCUUACUUGGGUGCUGUUAGUCGAUUCAUGACAAAUGCUUUCGAAUAUGGUGACGCCCUACUUCCCCGGCAAGAAAAUGGUGAACCAGGUGAAUCCUCACCGCCUCACAUUGCAUCUAACCAACCGUACCUCAACUUGGCAACUUUCCGGAUGGUUGUGCUGGCUGACGAGAUUCUGGAGGCAUUCUUUGAGACGGACCUUUCAGCGUCUUUUAGGUUGGAGCCUGUUCCGGAUCUAGAGCUUCCCACAAAUAACGGCUUUUUGGGUGACCUCUGGUCCAACAUUGCUACUGCUGACAAUAAGAAGUUCUUCAACAAGCUUACCGACGAGGUUGGGAAGACGAUCGGUAGACAUCAGGUUAUAUAUCGCCCAUCAAUAGGGCGGUUUACGAAACUUGAAGAGCCCAAGGCACGCGAGUCGUUGCUCUCACCUGCGAUGAAGUCGGGCUCCGCUGGAGCUGAUACGGACACUCUGGGGACGUCCAAGUCGUCAUCAUCGACAUUGGCGGUCGACGCCGAAGCAGCACAAAGCUCCAAAGCCGCAUCCGCAUUUUCGCCGUUGCCAAUGGUAAAAGCAGCGAAUGCUGCAUUGAUGGAAAGAACGCCGUUCGCGAUCGAUGAUGCUGGAGACGAUAGUGACAGUGAUCUAGAGAGUGAUAUCCCUGAAGAUGACGAUCAAGUCAUGGAUGAGGUCGACGCUUUCCUUGAGGCUCAUGAUUCUGGACUAACUGAUGCAGAUAAAGAACUAGCGAAAGAUCUCAUAGAUGCUGAGCCAGUGAAGUAGUCGCCUUGAUGGAUCGCCCUGAUCGUUUGCAUGCUAUCUCCCACAUUCCACUGCACUCAUUAACCUUGUACCAUUAGAUGUUAUAUUUGUCCAAUGUUACUACAUAUCAUAGCCCUUCGGGCCAGAUAAUUUAUGCAAAUCUGCUUCGCAAAGCAAGUCGUACGAAUACAAAAUCUGAGACAAAUGAUCAGUGAAUAAUGUACAGCGGGACGUCGUGACAACAAUUUCCACAUUUAUCAUGCGGUGGAUGGCACUGCUAGUGAGCCCCGGUCAGUCCAUAUUCGAAUGGACAGAUCUGAUUCGAUAGAGCCCGAUGCAAUCAUGUUCUGGAUGGGGUGUGUCUGCGAUUCAGCCAACCGCUACGACAACACCUUCGUGGCCUUCGAGUACUUGCACCACUUCUCG